CUUGUACAUCGAAAAAAACUCAUGUUUCGGCCGCCCUGUGAUUACGUCAGAAGGUCAGAUGGGGGAAAAAAAGGUCGAUGCCUGCCUUUGUAUUCAAGAUGGCGGCCUCCUUGUGUCAGUGUUAUCAGCUAUGUGUCAGAAGGAGCUGUAUACUCUUGUCCACGUGUUCUUAUGCCUCCACAUACAGAAGAUAUGCCUACAGGAUAUGUGGGCCCCUCGCAGUCCCCUCACAGGUACGGUAUGCGUCGGGCCGCGGAGGUGGACGCAAGGGCUUUUUGGGAGAGUUUUUGGACACCAUCAAACAGGAGCUCAGCAAAAACAAAGAGAUGAAGGACAACAUCCGGAAGUUCCGCGAGGAGGCGAAGAAGCUGGAGGAGUCGGAAGCGCUCAAGCAGGCGCGGAAGAAAUACAAAACUAUAGAGUCUGAGACCGUGAAAACCUCUGAGGUUCUGAAGAAGAAGCUGGGGACAAUCUCGGAGUCUGUGAAAGAGGGUUUGGAAGAGGUGGGCCGCUCCGACCUGGGGAAGAAGAUCAAAGAGGGGGUGGAGGAAGCGGCCAAGACGGCCAAACACUCGGCUGAGAGCGUGUCCAAGAGCGGGGAGAGGCUGGGCAAGACCGGGGCCUUCCGCGCCAUAUCACAGGGCAUGGAGUCGGUGAAGAGGGAGAUUGACGACCUGGGCGAGAGUGGCCCCUACCGGCCCCCAACGCGAUUACGGAAGAGAAGCGACUUCUCCUCCAAGGCUGGGGCGGCCGAGUCCAAGGUCUUCGAGGCCAAUGAAGAAGCCAUGGGUGUUGUACUCCACAAAGACUCAAAGUGGUACCAGCAAUGGAAGGAAUUCAAGGACAACAACAUGGUUUUUAACAGGUUCUUUGAGAUGAAGAUGAAGUACGACGAGAGCGACAACACCUUCAUCCGAGCAUCGCGGGCCGUCACGGACAAAGUCACCGACCUCAUCGGCGGGCUGUUCUCCAAGACGGAGAUGUCCGAGGUCCUGACGGAGAUCCUGAAGGUGGAUCCCAGCUUCGAUAAAGACUCUUUCCUGAAGCAGUGUGAGCGGGACAUCAUCCCCAACAUCCUGGAGGCUAUGAUCCGUGGAGAGCUGGAGGUCCUGAAGGACUGGUGUUAUGAAGCUACGUACAGUCAGCUGGCUCACCCCAUCCAGCAGGGCAAGGCCAUGGGGCUGCAGUUCCACUCAAAGAUCCUGGACAUCGACAACAUCGACCUGGCCAUGGGCAAGAUGAUGGAGCAGGGCCCAGUGCUGAUCAUCACCUUCCAGGCCCAGCUGGUCAUGGUGAUCCGCAGCCCCAAAGGAGAGGUGGUGGAGGGGGACCCGGAGAAGGUUCUGAGGAUGAUGUACGUGUGGGCGCUGUGUCGUGACCAGGAGGAGCUGAACCCCGACGCCGCCUGGCGUCUCCUGGACAUCUCCGCCUCCAGCACGGAGCAGAUCCUCUGAGAGAGGGGCCCUCAGGACCGGAGGGGCCCCCAACCCCCCCAUGGGCCACGCCUUCCCCAGACCGCCCGGUCUGAUUGGCCGAGGCAGCAUCCUCGGGGCGGGGCUGGGCGUGUCCUGCGGACUGAGCUGACCUGCGGUGGCCUCUGGGCCUCAAAAAGACACGAGAGUCUCACUCAGCGACACGGGGGUGUGUGGAAAUCUGCCAUUCAUGCCUACAAUUUUGUAAAGAGGCUCAAUCACAUUGUAAAAAUUCAGGAAGCCAAAUCAGGAAGUAUAUUUAUUUAUGAAAUGAUUGUCUUUUACUGCAUCCCGUUGGGCGCUGUCCAUCUGUGUAAUAAAAAAAUAAGACGUUGAUGUUUAUGUGCGUUUCAGCAGAAACCAGGAAAGUGAAAUGCAGCGUGCUGCAGUUUUUUAGACUUGCCUUAAAACAAAUCUCCGAGCGGGGAAUUUCUGCUCAAUUACCCAGCGUUUAAAAGCACAGCUACAUUCCGCGUCUUCGGGAAGGGGCGGGUUGCUAUAAAACGGCUUUUUGGAGAAGCGGUUUAAUCUCUCUUUGGUGGCCCGCACGGUCAGGCGGGGGGGUAGCGGGUAGCAGAAGACGGGCGUGGCACUCCGCACGCUCCGCUUGGCAGAGGUCCUCCUUGGCGGGAAUUGGAGGCGUCUCCACGGCGACGUGGCGAGCCGCCAGCGCGCACCUGGUCCGCAGACGUCCCUCGAGCGCAGCGCUCGCUCCGAGCUCACGCUCGCCUCGCUGAGUUUUUAGGUUCGUGCGGCUCCGCCUCUUGUAGAGGACGUCGAGCCUUUUAACCGGUGUCCCUAACAGCCCUGAAUUGCAUUGUGGGAUACGUUUGUGCAGGUAAAUCACUUCCCUUUAACCCCGCCUGAAAUUUAACAUUGAAUGUUACAGACGCUUCUGUUUCUUCUACACGAUCUGAUUUUACAUGAUUCAAAUUGGCAACCACAGAGUGGUUAUUUACAUUUCAAAACCAUAGAAUUAUAAUGUUCUAUCUGACGUUUUUGACAAACCUGAGUUAAUGGUGUCAUAAAUGUUGUUUAUAGGGCAAUUUGAUGGGAUUUUGAGAUUGUACAUUGAGAACUUUUAGGGUGUGUCAUUUUGAUUUAUGAAGAACUGCCCUACAUUUCGGCGGCACGGAUGGUGCAGUGGGUAGCACUGCCGCCUCACAGCAAGGAGGUCCUGGGUUCGAAUCCCCGUUGGCCGGGGCCUCUCUGUGCGGAGUUUGCAUGUUCUCCCCGUGUCUGCGUGGGUUUCCUCCGGGUACUCCGGUUUCCUCCCACAGUCCAAAGACAUGCAUGUUAGGCUGAUUGGAGAGUCUAAAUUGGCCGUAGGUAUGAGUGUGUGAGUGAAUGGUGUAUGUGCCCUGUGAUGGACUGGUGACCUGUCCAGGGUGUAUUCCUGCCUUUCGCCCCAAUGUAUGCUGGGAUAGGCUCCAGCCCCCCUGCGACCCUGUUCAGGAUAAGCGGGUUCAGAUAAUGGAUGGAUGGAUGCCCUACAUUUCAGUUUUGCGGUGAUGGGGCAUGAAAGCUUUGAAGAUCAGAUCAAUAUCACUAAACUAUUCAGAACGCCGAUAGAACCUUAUAAUUUAUUGCAUCAAUGCUGGCAGAUGAAUUGAGCCAUGUACUGUAUCUCUGUAUUUGUGGUGAACGUUUGAGUUGACCUCGGUAAAGAAACCUUCUCGGGUGAACCGGGAGGCUGUCUCAGAGGGCCUGAAGACUGAAUGCUGCAAUCGCUUAAACCAUUAUGCACAACUAACAGAGUAAAUUGUUUCCUGUAUGAGUGAAAUGGCUGGAAUCCAACCGAAAGGAGAGUGAAGUGCUGUAGAGUUAUUCCAUUAAGUCCGUGCCCCAGUUAGUGUGGGCAGAGUGCCACCUCUCCUCUCCCUGGGGGAUUGUGCUACGUGUACUGCAAACAGUGUUGAAUAAAGACUCUAGCCUGCU